AUGAGUUCUUCCCCUCUUGUGGGAUUAGGGAGUGGAGUUUUCAUUGUGGUGCAAGGUGCUUUAAAAGUUGUAUCAUGCAAAUUGGCAAAACAUGAGAAAGCAUGCAUAGACAAUCAACAGACGUUUAUACCUUUUGCAUUUGAUAUUUUUGACGAGCAUUCAGCACUUAAAGCGGGAUUAAGAAAAGUUAAGAUCUUCAAGGAGUACGUCUCGAUUAAAAGAUGCAAAAAAGCCUCCAGCAAGGAUGAUAAUGAAAUUAGCGAAAGCAGGAGUGACGAAGGUGACUAUUCCAAUUCCAAUUCCAAUCUUGUUGACUCUGAAUCAGGUGAUGAUUACGAUGAGAGUGAGCGUUACUCACCGGAAAAUGACCUGACCGCUUCGAGUUCUGAACAGAGUAUAACUCAGAUUUUGAAACGCAGCAUCUUACCAUGGAAGAAGAGGAAAUUAAAUUUCAAAUCACCACCGAAGGGAGAACCGUUGUUAAAGAAAGAUUACGGUGAAGAAAGUGGAUAUGAUAUUGAUUUUGACCGGCGGCAACUCAGCUCCGAUGAGUCUCUAGUUAACCUACCUCAGGUAAUUCUUCCGGCUUUUGAGUUUGGGGACGACAGUUUUGUAAUCAGGAAUUGGGAACAGAGGGAGAUAAUCUUCGGGCUUCGAUGUGUUGACAGAAUAUUUUUUGGGACAUGCUUUUUGCAUUCAGAAGCAAGAACCAAGUUUACCAUCUCUAGUAGUGUUCUUUGGCAAGAAAACAGAAUUGGAUCUGGAGCACAUUGUGAUUUAAGGGAAAGAAAACAUAAACGUGUGGUACAAUUCUUGAGAUUGAUAUGA